CGCGUCACUGAACUCCGAAGCUCCCUCCGCUUAUUCGACCUCGGUCUUGACGUCUAUAUCCCUCCAACCCAACAGCACUUCAUACCCAUCAAAGUAAUACCAAACUCUUCAACCAAAAUGUCUCUCGACACUGUUGCAUACAUCCUCGCCUCUUUGACCGCUGGCGGAGGCUCUCUCGGUUACAUCAGAACAGGCUCCGUUCCCUCGAUUGCAGCCGGUGUCUCUGUAGGCGCUCUUUACGCUCUGGGUGGUUACCGCAUGUCCAACCGCCAACCUUACGGUGUUGAGCUUGCUCUCUUGGCCAGCAUUGUUCUUGCAGGAAGCAGCGUCCCCAGAGCUAUCAAGUCUGGCAAGCCCCUACCUAUCGGCCUCAGUCUUCUUGCCGCCUAUGGUCUCUACAGUUUCGGCUCCGCUUGGUCUUCCAGAGUCCGCUGAUAUCAUCUAACCUAAUUCAAUCAAUUCUUCUACCUCCAUGUUGCAACGUUGUUGCUCUCCUCUUUCCCCCAAGCAGGUUCUCCUCACGACAAACCUACAGCAGCCAUGAGGCAUUGAUGCAUGAUCCCGACUCACAGAGAGAUACUGGUUUCGCUCGGAGGGUAAGUUGAUCGAACGAAUAAACAGCGUGUCACUGCGGCCAGCCAAAGAUCAUCGAUUGAGUCUGGUGCCUUGGAUUCUAGUACAGAGAAAAUGAGCAUAUCUCGCCUCGAACGCGGGAUUCUUGUUUUGAGUGUCCUUAUCGAGUCUCAGCUCCUCGCUGUCACUAUCCGAGUCAUGCUGGGAUGCAUCCCGUUCCAUUCUAGUACCGCAGGCUCUCUCCAAACGUGUUGCUGGUUUUCUUCGGCUUUCUGUAUCUUCGCCCAACCGAGACAGGUCACUGUAGUUUCUCAUAGCUUGUCAGAAUAUACGGUCUCACGACCGCCUCCCUUGU